AUGAAUGAAGAGCCGCGUCGCGGUACGCCAUCAUUGCUCAUUGUUUCUUCUGAAGCUACAGGCGUGUCUGAUAGAUCUAGUGGGAGUGAUAGGACUCUGAGACAAGAGGCAUUUCCUCCCCUGAACACAAAGCCGGAGAUGCUCUCAGAAGACCACGAGCAGCAGCAGCGACCACCUGGAAACCUCAGAAAAGGCGAGCAACAUUCUGCUCUAACUCCGGAUGGAUUGGAGAGACUUGAGGAUCCAGACGGAUCACAUCAAUAUGUGCCUUCGACCCAGUGGCCGUCAACUCCAGAGGGAACUGGUAGGGCACCAUUGCCAAACAACGAUAGCUCGGCUUCCUUACCUUCGCUUCAGUCUAUGCGCUCAGACUUUGGCUCACCUGAUGCUCUAGACCCGGCUUCGAAUCUUCCAGCCAUGCCUCCGGCCCAGAACAGUGCUUGGAAUGGACAGCAGGGUGACCGCUGGAGUCAAUGGACGGGUCCGCCUGUGCAUACUCCAAUCCAUUCAGGCGUAUCUCUGUUCCAUCAGCCAGCAUAUCAGCCUACACAUUCUGGACUUAACGCCAGACAAGGUCCAUUGCCUCAAAAUCCUCGCACAAACGUCAGGCUUGAAGGCCAAGUAGAAGCUCUGCGAGAGCAUGUUGCAUCUCAACAAAGACCUAUGGGUCCAGAUUUCCGCGGCCCCGUAGGCGCUACAGGUCCAUACUGGCAGCAGCAGCAUCAGCAUCAACAGAUGUACCGUAUGAGCCCACAGCUGCAACGACCGGGGCCUAACAAUGCACGACAAGGCUUGCGAUCAAUGCGAUCACCUUCAGCUGGAUUGUCAUCGCCAGCCCCAUCGACUGCAAGCUUCCCAGACCUCAAGAAGACGGCUCUAGAAGGCUACGAACUUCUUGCAGCCAAGUUGACAGAUGGGACAACCGGAGCAAGGCCAAUGUAUCGUAGCUUCGAGCAUCUGCAUCACAGACUGCUUCUUUACAUUCAAGACGAGAUUUGUGAAUACGAAGAAGAACUUCGUAAUCUGGAUGAGUGGAUCUCCCAAAUCGGAAAUGCCAUCUCAGAAGGAAAGUCGAAACCUGCAUCCAGGCGCGCAGAAGCACGUAUCACACCUGCAGACAGCGAGUUGAUGUUCAGGAGGAAGUUCGUUCUAGGUGAGAUAUUUGUGAAACUGGAAAGAUAUCACCGUGCUCUCGAAGCCUACAGCAACGCAUCCAAGGAUCUACAAAGACCACAGGAAGCAGAAGUGGCAAGGUAUCGUAAAUGGAUGGCAGCUCAUCGUCCCGUCGAUAUGGCAGAAGCAGCGUUCCUCAAGCAUGAAAAAGACUUGUUUGUACUCCCACGCAGGAACACUGAAAUAUCCACCGUGACAGCGACGACAGCCAGUUUACCUUUAGUGUUACUUUUGCCAUUUGUGGCUUUUGCGGUGAUGCCCAGCUUUCUCUACCGUAUCCUUGCGAUCUUUGCAUGCAGCAUGGGUCAGUGGGUACUUUGCACUAUCAUGGAUAUCAGACAUAUUCUGACUGCGCGUGAGUGGCUUAUCUCUGCAGGGAUAUAUGUAGCCUUCAUGACAUUGAUGGCUGCUGUGGCUCAUUGA